AUGACUGCCGACAAUAGUAGCGUGCCUAAUAGUGCAGUAUCUAGCUACGCCAAGCUAGUGCAAAAUCAAACACCUGAAGACAUUUUGGAAGAAUUUCCUGAAAUCAUUCCAUUACAACAAAGACCUAAUACUCGAUCUAGUGAAACUUCUAAUGAAAAAACCGAAGAAACAUGUUUUUCCGGGCAUGACGAAGAACAAAUUAAACUGAUGAACGAAAACUGUAUUGUCUUGGAUUGGGACGAUAAUGCUAUCGGUGCCGGUACUAAAAAGGUGUGCCAUUUGAUGGAAAAUAUUGAAAAGGGUCUAUUACAUCGUGCAUUUUCUGUUUUCAUUUUCAAUGAGCAAGGUGAAUUGCUUUUACAACAAAGAGCCACUGAGAAAAUCACCUUUCCUGAUCUUUGGACCAACACAUGUUGCUCUCAUCCACUGUGUAUUGAUGAUGAAUUGGGCCUUAAGGGGAAGUUAGACGACAAGAUAAAAGGUGCAAUCACUGCAGCAGUAAGAAAACUAGACCAUGAAUUGGGUAUCCCAGAAGACGAAACUAAGACAAAAGGUAAGUUCCACUUCUUAAACAGAAUCCAUUAUAUGGCACCAAGUAAUGAACCUUGGGGUGAACACGAAAUUGAUUAUAUUCUAUUUUAUAAGAUCAAUUCCAAGGAAAAUUUGACUGUCAAUCCAAACGUCAAUGAAGUUAGAGACUUUAAAUGGGUUUCACCAAAUGAUUUGAAAUCCAUGUUCAAUGACCCAAGUUCCAAAUUUACACCUUGGUUCAAAAUUAUUUGUGAAAACUACUUAUUCAAUUGGUGGGAAAAAUUAGAUGAUCUUUCUGAAGUCGAGAAUGACAAGAAAAUCCAUAGAAUGCUAUGA